CUUCUCGCCUCCUCCCUCCCCGCCCGCCUCCCCGCCCGCCCGCCAUUAAUGCGCCCCUCUCCUACUGGGGCAAGUGGUCAACCAGCUUAGCACGGGCACCAGCGAGGCCGGCCUCCCCUCCCUACCCUUCCUUCCCGUGAUCGAUCGAGGUCGACGGAGACAGAUAGGAAAGUCAGGGGAGGAGUAGUAUAUAUAACUAGGCCUGCUCGCCGGCCGGGGUGAAGAGAGACAGACUCUGCCGUUCGUCCUCGCCUCUGGUCGAGCUCCGUCUCCCCUGCCUGAGAAUCCAUCCAUCGAUCGGUCUGCGUUUGCUCGCCGGCGGCCAUGGGGAACUGCUUCGGGAGCAGGAUCGGCCCCGACAGCCCCUACAAGAGCGGCGGCGGCUCCGGCUCCCCUUCUUCCUCCUCAGGGUGGACGUGGAGGAGGAAGGGGAAAGGGGGCGCGAGCGUGUCGAGCAGCCGGGUGUCGUCCUCGCCGUCGACCACGGUGCCGCCGACGCCGCGGAGCGAGGGCGAGAUCCUGCAGUCCGCCAACGUCAAGAGCUUCGCCUUCAACGAGCUCAAGACGGCCACCCGGAACUUCCGGCCCGACAGCGUGCUCGGCGAGGGCGGCUUCGGCUCCGUCUUCAAGGGCUGGGUCGACGAGACCACCUUCGCGCCCGCCCGCCCCGGCACCGGCAUGGUCAUCGCCGUCAAGAAGCUCAACCAGGAGGGCUUCCAGGGCCACCGCGAGUGGCUGGCUGAAGUGAACUACCUCGGGCAGUUGUCGCACCCCAAUCUUGUGAGGCUCGUCGGUUACUGCCUCGAGGACGAGCAGCGCCUCCUUGUCUACGAGUUCAUGCCGCGAGGGAGCCUCGAGAACCAUCUUUUCAGAAGGGGCUCGCAUUUCCAGCCACUGUCAUGGAACCUGAGGAUGAAGGUGGCCCUCGGGGCGGCCAGGGGGCUCGCCUUCCUCCACAGCGACAUGGCCAAGGUCAUCUACCGCGACUUCAAGACGUCCAACGUUCUCCUUGACUCGAGCUACAAUGCUAAGUUGUCCGAUUUCGGGCUGGCGAAGGACGGGCCGACCGGAGACAAGAGCCAUGUCUCCACAAGGGUCAUGGGCACUCAUGGCUACGCCGCCCCCGAGUAUCUUGCAACAGGGCAUCUGACGGCGAAGAGCGACGUGUACAGCUUCGGGGUGGUGCUGCUGGAGAUGCUGUCGGGGCGGCGGGCGCUGGACAAGAACCGGCCGUCGGGGGAGCACAACCUGGUGGAGUGGGCGCGGCCGUACCUCACCAGCAAGCGCCGGGUGUUCCACAUCCUGGACGCGCGGCUGGGCGGCCAGUACUCGCUGUCCGGCGCGCAGAAGACGGCGGCGCUGGCCAUGCGGUGCCUCUCCGGCGACGCCCGGGCCCGCCCCGGCAUGGCGGAGGUGGUGACCGCGCUCGAGCAGCUGCAGGACGCCAAGGAGACGGCCGCCGCGGGGGCCGGGCAGGGGAAGGCGUCCGGGGGGUUCGUCAGGAUGCGCGGCGGCGGCGGGAGCGGCGCGGGGCGGCAGCAGCAGCGGCGCCCGGAGCCCAUGGCCGUGCGGCGGCUGCCGGCGGCGCCGCUGCGGUCGCACCCCGAGUGAUGGGUUGUAAAGAUCGAAAAUGGUGUAGUUUCUGAAUGUUGUUAAUGUAGCUGGCUUCUUCGCUCUCGCGAAUCCGGCGUCCGCCAUUUCUUUUGCUUGGUUAGUUAGGCGGCAGGAUGAUUGGCGACGAUGGUCGGCGGAGCUUUUUGUUUUGACGAGGCGACUCCGCCGCCGUCGCCGUCGCCGACUCCACCCGAUGGAGAUGCGCCGGGAAAUAACGUGCAAAAAUUAGCGGUUUUGCUUGGAUGGAUUGAUAUGGAUAAACGGAUGGAUGCCAGAGACUGAA